AUGGAUGGCAGUUCAUACCACGUGUAUAAAGCGGUCUACUCCAUUGCUCACGCACUACACGGCAUGUUCACCUGUGUCGAAGGAGACGGACCCUUUGUGAAUAACUCAUGCGCUCAUAUUGCAAAUUUCGAACCUUGGCAGUUGCUGCACUACCUCCGCACCGUGAAUUUCACAACGAAGGAGGGAGAAACCCUAUAUUUUGAUGAAAACGGUGACCCGGUGCCAAGAUACGAAUUAGUGAACUUACAAACGAAUCUCAGGGGCAGCGUCGACAUUGUAAAUGUCGGAUAUUAUGACGGCUCGGCUCCGGCAGGGCAGGAACUAACAUUGAAUGUCGAGAAAAUCAGGUGGAGCACGGACGGAAAUUCGGAAGAGUUGAUACAGACUGUUUGCUCAGAACCCUGUCGCCCUGGAACAAGGAAAGUCACCCGAAAAGGGCAGCCUAUAUGUUGUUUUAACUGUGUAGAGUGCGCCGACGGUGAGAUCAGCAACGUCACUGAUUCCACGGAUUGUAUCAAGUGUCUAUUGGAGUACUGGUCCAAUCAGGCAAAAACGCAUUGUGUUCUCAAGAAGGUUGAGUUUCUGUCUUUUGGAGAAGUCCUGGGGUUUGUAUUACUGACCCUUGCUCUUGUUGGAGUAUGUUUUACAAUGGCCACGGCUGCAAUUUUCUACCGGUAUCGACACACCCCUAUGGUCAAAGCGAACAACUCCGAGCUCAGUUUCCUGUUGCUCUUCGCCCUCUUGCUUUGCUUCAUUUGCUCGCUCGCCUUCAUUGGAGAACCAUCCGGUUGGUCUUGCAUGUUGCGUCGCACAGCUUUCGGGGUUGUGUUCGUUCUCUGCAUUUCCUGCAUCUUAAGCAAAACUAUCCUUGUAGUGGUUGCCUUUAAAACAACUCUACCAAAUAGUAGAGUGAUGAACCGUUUUGGACCGACGCAGCAACGCUUGGGAAUAUUCGUCCUUACCUUCUUGCAAGGUAUAACUUGCGUUGUCUGGUUAAAUGUGUCACCUCCCUACCCCCUGAAAAACAUGAGAUAUUACAGAGACAUCAUUAUUCUGGAAUGUAACGUGGGCUCAUUGAUCGCCUUUUACUUAGUGUCGGCCUACAUUGCUCUGUUGUCCAUUGUGUGUUUAGUGCUUGCUUUCCUUGCCAGAAAGCUCCCGGACAGUUUUAAUGAUGCCAAGUUCAUCACCUUCAGCAUGCUGAUCUUUUGCGCUGUUUGGAUAACUUUUAUUCCAGUUUAUGUGAGCUCUCCAGGAAAGUACACCGUUGCUGUAGAGAUGUUCGCUAUCUGGGCAUCAAACUUCGGUCUGCUCGUCUGCAUUUUUGCACCGAAAUGUUACAUUAUCUUACUGAAACCGGAGAGUAAUACAAAGAAAAAUAUAAUGACGAAAGAGAGUUCAUUGUAG